UGGUUCUUGGAUAUUGUUGAACACCUGCAAGUAUCGAUCCACUUGGUGGGAGGAGGUAAAAGAAAAAGUUACGAAAAGAAUGGGAGGAAACCCAUUAGGGUUAGGUCAAUGGUGUUUUGUAACCAUCGUAUUGGUGUUGGGGAAUACUGUAAAGGAAGUGAAAAGCCAAUUGAAAAAUGGGUAUUAUUCAUCUUCGUGUCCGAAAGCGGAGUCCAUUGUGAGAUCAACUGUUCAAGCUCACUUCAAGUACGAUCCCUCCAUUGCCCCCGGCUUGCUCAGGCUCCAUUUCCACGACUGCUUUGUCCAGGGUUGUGAUGGGUCGGUGCUAAUCAAAGGGCCGACCACGGAGCGAACCGCCUUACCGAAUCUAGGACUUAGAGGAUUCGACGUGAUCGACGACGCAAAAUCUCAGCUCGAGGCCGAGUGCCCUGGCGUCGUCUCCUGCGCCGAUAUACUUGCGCUCGCCGCCCGCGAUGCUGUCGAUUUGAGCGAUGGCCCGAGUUGGAACGUUCCAACGGGUCGAAAGGACGGGAGGGUCUCGUUGGCGACACAGGCCUCAAACCUACCGUCUCCUCUUGACUCAGUUGCUGUUCAGAAGCAAAAGUUCGAUGCAAAGGGACUUGACAGUCACGAUUUGGUAACCCUAGUUGGUGCCCAUACGAUAGGGCAGACCGACUGUCUCUUCUUCCGGUACCGUCUCUACAACUUCACGGUGACCGGAAACUCCGAUCCGACCAUAACUCCGUCGUUCGUAUCGAAUCUCAAGACUCUGUGCCCUCCGAACGACGACGGGUCCAAAAGGGUCGAUCUGGAUAUAGACAGUCCCGCGAAUUUCGACGUGAAUUUUUUCAAGAACAUCCGAGACGGGAAGGGGGUUCUGGAGUCGGACCAGAGGCUUUGGUCGGAUUCCGACACAAACGAUGUCGUGAAGAAGUACGCGAGCAGUCUAAGGGGUCUGUUUGGGAUUAGGUUUGAUUAUGAAUUUGGAAAAGCAAUGGUGAAGAUGAGUUCGAUCGAAGUCAAGACGGGGGCCGAUGGCGAGAUUAGGAGAGUUUGUUCCAAGGUUAAUUAAUCAGUUUUCUUCUGUCAUGUUUGUUGUUUUUGUCUAAUUAAAUUACUAAUUACGCGUAAGAAAAUAUGAACAAGUGGAGAAAAAAAAAAUAAGAAUGUGAAUCGUGGUGUUAUGUAAUUAUAUGUGUUUGUAUUAUUGUUGUUGUUUGAGUGAAAGUGGGGUUUCAUAUUGUUUGUUAAUCCCAAUGGUUAAUUAA